GGAUUUUUCCCCCAAAUGACGUCACCCGGAAGUUAUUGCUAGCUGGCGUCAAGUAGUUUUCCACCGAUAUUCUCAUCCAAACAAACAAUUAUUUCAGGUAGCUAGGAAAUUCGUUUAAAUGUGUUUUACAUGUUCAUUUUGAACUUUAAUGAGUUAUUUAAAUAACGCAUGUGUCAGACAAACUCUUGAGUCUUUUAGAGUGCGUGUUAUCCUAGCUUGUAAGCUAGCUAACGUUACACUAGCCAUUGUCUUGGUUUGGAAAGUGACUACAGCUAAAUAGCCCACCAUGUCUGAACCGAGUUCUGGCUGUGGCAUUCCAGUCCAGAGAAGCUCACAGCCUGGUCCAGAGACUGUGUCAGUAAAGCUGGAGGACUGCGUCUCAGUGAAGCUGGAGGACUGCAGUCAAACACUGGAACUCAAUGUGAUUGUCAAAAAGGAGGAGAAGGGAGAUGUUAAAGAAGAACAGAGCAAAAUCAAAGAAGAUAAGGAAGAGGGGGAGAAGAGAGAGGUCCAAGUAGAAGAGGAGAGAAAUGCUGAUAUGUCUCCUCCAGGAGAGAGCUCCAACUCAGGCUCACUCAGCGAGCCCAGUACCACAGUAUCAGGAAACCACCGACAACAUAGAGGGAGGAACUCAAGACAGAAACAUCACCACUGCAUGGACUGCUUCACUAGUUUCUAUGAGCCAGAGGAGUUGAGAAAACACACUUGUAAAGACCGCAGCCACGGUGCAACAUGUCCUCCCAAACGGAAAAAGACUUCCAGCUCCUUCUCACCAAUCCUCCCACCAGUCCUCCCACAAUUUUCUUUCAUCAUCGUGUCAGCUAACGGGGAUCCUAGUAAACAUAAAGAUAUAUGUGAUGAGAGCUUGAACCAGGCCAGAAAACCAACAUCAAUCAGUAACCAUGUGGAUUUUCUCCUUACUAACCGUUACACUUUGUCACAGGAGGAGAAACUCCAGAUAAAAAGUCUCGGUCCCCACCAGCCACCUGAUGUAGAAAUAACACUUCCCCAACACAGAACAAAGGGAAAGGACCCGACCCGUUCAUUCAACCCCUCGUGGUUCCAUAAGAAAUCGUGGCUGACGGCUAGCGUCUCCAGAAAAGCGCUUUACUGCUUCCCGUGCCUUUUAUUCGGCAAAGAGGGCACUUGGUCAACGGUGGGUUUCAAGGACCUGAAGCACCUCUCCGAAAGGAUUUCCAAACAUGAGAGUUGUUGUACUCAUCUGGAAAACGGCAUGAAACUGGGAUUUCUAGGGAAGACUAACACCGCUGGUCAGCUGGUCAGCGUAAACCCAAGCUCCAUUGAGAUACACAACAGACAAACAGAGGAGAACAGGUACGUGCUGGGUAGAAUGGUCAAAUGCUACGUGCUGUGUGGAAGACACAUGGCUGCCACGUGGCGGAGCGGCCGGGUAGAGUCGGACUCUCUAAACACAUCCAUGUUUAAGUGCAUCUUUGAGACGAUGUGCGAGGGAGACUCGAGACUCCAGAGGCAUUACGACGCUCACGGCUUCUUUAAGCACCCAAGAGGCUAUGUACAAAACAAACUGUUUGACUGUAUGCACGAGGUGUACAAAGAGGCGAUUACCAAGGAGGUGUGGGCGGCUAGCUUCGUAGCGGUGCAGGUGGACGGCAUGCCGUGGACAGGGGAGGUCUCCUCUAGGGUGACAUUACCCCUAGCUACAGAUCUAGGAUCAGCGUCUCCAAUUCCAACCUUGACCAUUAGUGUGGAAAAUGCCAUACUGGCCCAAGAUCAGCUUCUUGGGCUAACAAUCUACUCCUGUACGCCACAGCAGGUCUCUGUCGUGCUACGGUACAUGCUUCCAGACAAUACCGUCACAGAGAGGUUUUGGGAGUUUGUGGACCUAAAGGAUAAAACGUCCGCCGGUCUCACCAACGCAGUCAAGGACUCGCUGGAACCACUGAAACUGGAGCACAAGCUGAUCGCUCAGACGUACGACGGGGUCGCGGCAGCAGCAGUGGACGGGGCCGACGUACGCGACCUGGAAACUCACCUGAAACGCACCUAUCCCAACGCUAACUUUGUGCACUGCUACGCUCACCCGCUACGUGUCACACUCCAACAGAUCUGCUCGGCGACAGCGACCCAACUCAAAGUGUUUUUUGCGGAUUUGUCUUUGUUCGAGACCUUCUUCAAAGAUCAGCCAAAGAGAGCUACAGCUGCAGGGUGGAACUGUGAGCGAGAAACGGUCAGUGUGGUUUGGGAGAAUCGCGUUGCUCUUCAGAAGUGUGUGGAGGAUAUUAGGACACAGCCGGUGUGGGACCAGGACUCUAUCAGAGAGGCUUAUGGCCUGUCAGCCAAACUCAGGGACCCCACGUUCCUACAACUGCUGGAAUUAUUCUAUUUGGUCAUGCAAGAGGUGGAUGUUCUCACUGUCAAUAUACUCAAAAGGGACAUUGUCGUGGCGGACAUCGAACAGGCAGUUGAUAGUUUCGAGAAGUACGUUCAGGCCCAACAGGGGAGAGCUGAGGCCACAGCACACGUAGGCUCCACGUCGGACAACGACAAGAGAGACACAAAGAGAACUGCAGCGGUCAUGAGGAAGGCAUGUGACAUCAUCGUCACACAUGUGCAUCACAGGUUUUCUCAAAGUAGUGACCAUUUAAUCGCAGCCAAACUGGUGAAUCCCACGCUCUUCUCUAAGUUCGUAGGCUGUUUCCCGUGCUCAGCCCUACAGUGUGCUGCCAAGCUAUGGCCGGUGGUUAACACUGGGAAGCUGAAAGAUGAAUUGACCUCUCUGUACCAACACACGGAGCUCCACAGGGGUACAACAGCGCUGUCUUUACUGAAAACAAUCAGCGAACUCAACCUCCAGGAUGUUUUGUCAGAGACGGUCUCUCUUCUCAAAAUCAUCAUCACCACUCCCAUGCAGACCGCCGAGUCUGAUAGAAGGUUCCCCACUCUGAAAAGAAUCCAGGCGUUGCCGUGUUCUCGGAACACCUCGGGAUCCGCGGUCGCUUGGCAACAGAACAAUGGCAGGCUAAAUGCACUGUCCAUGCUCUCUGUCGAGAAAGACUUAAUUCAAGGACUCAGGUCAGACUUUCACGACAAGGUCGUCGAUAAGUUUGUCCGAAAUAAAACCUGCCCUGGAGCCUUCCUGUUUAAAUGAGCAGUACAGCAUCUGAGAAAAAUCUGAGAAGGCUUGGGCUCUGUCUGUAUAUAGUAUAUACUGGGGGCUGUGUCUGUAUAUAGUAUAUACUGGGGCUGAGUGUCCCAAAUGGUGCACAAUUCCCUCUGUAGUGCACUACAUUUGACCAUGGGCCCUAUUCUGUAGUGCACUACAUUUGACCAUGGGCCUUAUGGGCUAUUCUAUUGAAUACAAAAUAAGUCCAUAGACUCCAGUAGAAUUCAGUUGUAAAUAAAAAAUGUGUAUACAUAAUUCAAAUCAGUAGAAGGGCUGGUUUGUAUUGACAUUAGAGGUCUUCACAGGUCCAGAUAUCAGCCAAGUUGCUCUUCUGGUUAAUUAAUAGGUCUUUAUGUUGGCUAGGCCUUCUAUAAGUCAAUCAUUUCACCUGAUUAGCGUAAAAUAUAUAUGCUAUAGACUAUGCAGAGCCGGGGUCGGGUCUAUCAGCUGUAGUUACGUAGACCCGAGAUCCGAUGACAAUCAAGCAGGACCCACCCUGAACCGAGGGACAUGUUAGAAUUUCAGACCAGAACGGCCCGGGUCUCGGGUAUAUGAAGACCUCUAAUUGACAUCCAAAGUUAACAAUAUGAGUGUGUUGUAAUGUUAUGAUCUGCUUGUAAACUGUGUAAAAUGUUGUCAACUAUCCUUCAACUGAAUUAUAAAUACAAACAGGUCCAACUG